GAUUCGGAGUGGAAGCGCUGGAAUCUCGAGCGCCGCGUCGAAGCGCAGCGACAUUUUCAUUUCGUUUCAUUUCCUCUUCAUCUUCAGGCCCGAUUCGGACAGUCUGAUCUCAGACCCAGAACAACUGGAUGCUCGGAACACUCCAGAGCUCGAGCCAGCAGAGGAGCAUCGGCCGCUUCUGUGUGAUCUUCCGCCGGCUCUGAUGGUUGUCGUCAGCGUGUGACGCUCAGAGUCUCAGCAUCGCUCAGCAUGUCUGCUCUACAGGCAGCAUGGCCGCCCGGCACCGAGUGUGUGGCCAAGUACAAUUUCCAGGGCAGCACCGAGCAGGACCUUCCCUUCUGCAAAGGAGACCUGCUGACCAUCAUCGGCGUAACCAAGGACCCAAACUGGUAUAAAGCGAAGAACAGCGUUGGCCGAGAGGGGACGAUUCCUGCCAACUAUGUCCAGAAGAGGGAGGGCGUCAAAUCUGGAGGAAAACUCAGUAUGAUGCCGUGGUUUCACGGUAAGAUCACGCGUGACCAGGCGGAGCGGCUGCUGUAUCCGCCGGAGACGGGGCUGUUCCUGGUGCGCGAGAGCACCAACUACCCCGGCGACUACACACUGUGUGUGAGCUGUGACGGGAAGGUGGAGCAUUAUCGCAUCAUCUAUCACAGCGGGAAACUGUCCAUCGACGAGGAGGAAUACUUCGACAACCUCAUGCAGCUGGUGGAGCACUACACUAAAGACGCUGAUGGUCUUUGCACACGCCUCAUCAAACCCAAGCUGAUGGAGGGGACGGUGGCGGCGCAGGACGAGUUCUCCAGGAGCGGAUGGGCUCUGAACAGGAAAGAUCUCAAACUCAUACAGGCGAUCGGCAAAGGAGAGUUCGGAGAUGUGAUGGUGGGAGAUUACAGAGGGACGAAGGUCGCCGUGAAGUGCAUCAAACACGACGCCACGGCGCAGGCGUUUCUCGCCGAAGCCUCAGUCAUGACUCAGCUGAGACACACUAACCUGGUGCAGUUAUUGGGUGUGAUCGUGGAGGAAAGAGGCAGUUUGUGCAUCGUGACUGAAUACAUGGCCAAGGGCAGUCUGGUGGAUUACCUGCGCUCUCGAGGACGGACCGUCCUGGGCGGCGAGUGUCUGCUUAAAUUCUCCCUUGACGUAUGUGAAGCCAUGGAGUAUCUGGAGGCCAAUAACUUCGUGCACAGAGAUCUGGCGGCUCGCAACGUCCUGGUGUCCGACGACAACAUUGCUAAAGUCAGUGACUUUGGACUGACCAAGGAGGCCUCGUCCACUCAGGACACGGCCAAACUUCCCGUCAAAUGGACCUCGCCGGAGGCCCUGCGAGAGAAGAGGUUUUCUACCAAAUCAGACGUGUGGAGUUACGGCGUUCUUCUGUGGGAGAUCUACUCAUUCGGACGGGUGCCGUACCCCAGAAUUCCGCUGAAGGAGGUGGUGCCGCGGGUGGAGAAGGGCUAUAAGAUGGACGCUCCCGAUGGCUGUCCGGCUGCCGUUUAUGACCUGAUGAAGCAGUGCUGGACGCUGGAUCCUGCGGGGCGGCCCUCGUUCCGUCUGCUGCGUGAGAAGCUGCAGCACAUCAGAGCCAAAGAGCUGUACCUGUGAGGGGCCCGGGGCCGAUUCAGAGCCCCUGCAUCACUGACCCAAACCUUUUACUGUGGCACAACACUCUUCUUUUGAGGAUUUGGACGUGGACUGUUGAUCUGGACGCAAUCUCGUGAUCAGUGACGUGAGAGGAGGAACACACGGAUGAGUGUGUGUGUGUGUGUGUGUGUGUGUGUGUGUGUGUGUGUGUGUGUGUGUGCAUCAGUAUUUGCUCCUCUUUGUUUUUGUUCUCCGUUCUGCUCGGCAUCAGUGAGGAGGGCUGGUCUUUUCCUCCGCUGCUGUUUUUCUCUCUCGCUACUUUGUUAAAAUAUCUUGUGAAAACGUGUCUGUCAUAUUUCACCUCAUAAUCAAAAUUUAAGAUGCAUUUUGUAUUAGAAAAAUUAAGCCUGUUUGUCAGCAACAUUGUUUUCAUUAAUGUUAAAUGUCCAGAUGUUUUACUUUUAAAAUGAUUGUUUUUCUCAGUGUUGAUCAUUAUACUGUUACUGUAUUAUUAUUACAAUCACUGGAAUACAUAGUAUAAAUGUAAUUUUCAUAACAGUAAUGCAAAAACAUACUUUUUUCCUCCUACAAAAGUUUAUAUUUUUUCCUCCUUUUGCUCAAUUAUACUUUGUUGGGUUAUUUUGCAUUACAAUCAUAAAAAUGUUAUUUUUUAGCAUUGCAGAAAUAAGAAUUGUCUCCAAACAGGCUUAGUUUUUUAUGAAAGAAUUGUUUUCCUUCUGGUUUUGGGGUGAAUGUGAGCUGCACACGCUCAUGUGGUGUCAUUCUGAGGUGCUGCUGUUCUUUCCUUGUGUGUGUGUCAUACGCGUUUUGAGUGUCGUUGAGUGUCGAGUGCAUGUGCCUUGCAUGUGUAUUGUUUGUUGUGUGUGACACAUUUUUGUGCGUGAUAUGCGUGUUGUGCAUGACAAGCGUGUAAGUGUGUGUGUGACAUGCGUGUUGUGCGUGACAUGCGUAUAAGUGUGUGUGCGUGUUGUGCAUGUCAUGCAUGUUGUGUGUGACAUGCAUGUGUGUGCGUGUUGUGCGUGACAUGCAUGUAAGUGUGUGUGCGUGUUGUGCGUGACAUGCGUAUAAGUGUGUGUGCGUGUUGUGCAUGUCAUGCAUGUUGUGUGUGACAUGCAUGUGUGUGCGUGUUGUGCGUGAUAUGCGUGUUGGUGUGUGUGUCAUGCGUGUUGUGUGUGACAUGCAAGUGUGUAUGCGUGUUGUGCAUGACAUGCAUGCAAGUGUGUGUGCGUGAUAUGCGUGUUAGUAUGCGUGUCAUGCUUGUUGUGUGUGACAUGCAAGUGUGUAUGCGUGUUGUGCGUGAUAUGCGUGUUAGUAUGUGUGUCAUGCGUGUUGUGAGUGACAUGCAAGUGUGUAUGCGUGUUGUGCGUGACAUGCACGUAAGUGUGUGUGCGUGUUGUGCGUGACAUGCAUGUAAGUGUGUGUGCGUGUUGUGCGUGAUAUGCGUGUUAGUGUGUGUCAUGCGUGUUGUGAGUGACAUGCAAGUGUGUGUGCGUGACAUGCAUGUAAGUGUGCGCCGUGUGUGUUGUGCGUGACAUGCGUGUAAGUGUGUGUGUCUUGUGUUGUGUGUGCGUCAUGAGUUGUGCAUUAUGCGUGACAUGCAUGUAAGUGUGAGUGCGUGUCAUGCAUGUGCGUGUCAUGCGUGUGCAUCAUGCGUGUUCAUGUUGUGUGUGUCAUGCGUGUCGUGUGCGUUGUGCGUGUGACAUGCAUGUAAGUGUGUGUUGUGCCAUGCGUGUGCAUGUUGGUCGUGUCAUGCGUGUGUUGUGUGUGUGUGUGUGUAUGUUGUGUUGUGUGUGUGUGUGUGUGUGUGUGUGUGUGUCAAAGUGCCUGCUGGAGUUGUCAGAGCAGUGCCUGUGUUCCUCUGACGUCACGCUGCCACAGACUCAACAUGUGUCUUUUUUAUUCUUUUCUUUUUUUAAAUCAGCCUUUUUUUAAUGUUUGUAUUUGUUGAUUUGUCAUCUGCAUCGAGACUGAUCGGGUUUGUUCACUAGCGCCAGACUGAACUUAGGCAAUGAGCUGGGAAACACACACACACACACACACGUAUCCCAGCUGAGCUCAUGUGGCUGCCAACACACACUCACACACUUACGCACAAACACACACACGCUUUCUCACACACUCCCUCUAGCGGACUCAGAGGCUCGUCCAGCAGAACUCUUGAUGCGUCGGCCUGUUUUAUAUUAAAAUAUAUUUAAAGAACUGGAAACAGAAAUGCCACGACAGGAAGAGACGCGUGUGUGUGUCUCCAGACGGACUGCAUGCUCAGAGAGGCCUUGAGUAACGUGUCAGUGGUUUCAAUGUUCAUUGUUUUAAUAUUCUGCCCUGAUUAUGAAUAAAUCAUUCCUUCUGUCUGACAGCGUCAUCGCUGGGGGCGGAGCUGGUGACAGGAAGUGACCUCGUCACUAUUGA